GAGUUUUAUACUGUAUCGACAGCGAGUCUCAAAAUAAUUAACAAUGGUUUCCUACAAUUUCGUUUUCUGUAUUCUUUCGAUGCUCUUAUUCGGUGCAGCGUUGUGUAUUUCAGAUUCUGACGAAACAAGAGCUGUCUCACAUAAUAUAAACGACUGCACAAACGCAGCUGCCAACAAAACGUUGAUAUAUUCCACAGUAAUUAACGAACGAGCAAGAUUCCUGGGUUAUACCACAAAAACUGUAUCGUUUCCGAGCAGCUCUGUUAACCAAGAUCUCAUCACUUGUAUUGUGGUGACUGACAAUGAUGGUGAUGGUACUGGAGGAUAUCCAUCGAUUUCAUCCGGAGGCUUGAACAGUUACUCUGUCGAAAUUGAAUUGACAUCACAGUGGAGUAGAGGUUUACAUUUCACAGUGAGAAUUUACACAGAUGCAUAAGAGAAAACGUUUACUAAAAUUUUUAUCUAUUUUUACUGUUUUCGCCUCAAUAAU